AUGGCGCGCAGGAGGGGCGCCGCGGCGGCGUUGACGGCGGCCUUGUCCUCGCCGGCUCUGGUGGCGGCGGUAUCCGUGAUGGCGCUGGGAUACUACUCCACGGUGUUCGUCUUCCUGGACCACUGGCUCGGCCUCGGCACGACGGCCGGCGCCGCCCACGCGGCCGCCUUCUCCCUCAUCGUCGCCGCCUGCUUCUUCUCCUUCCUCUGCGCUGCGGCCGCGGAUCCCGGCGCAGUGCCCGCCGCCUUCUCCCCCGACGCCGAGGACCCGCAGGGUCUGAAAUCAAGGUACUGUGACAAGUGUUGCAUGUACAAGCCUGCUCGAACCCACCAUUGCAAGGUUUGCAAAAGGUGUGUUCUGAAAAUGGAUCACCACUGUGUGUGGAUCAACAACUGCGUGGGCUAUGCGAACUACAAACCUUUCAUCAUUUGCGUCCUGAAUGCAACCAUAGGGUCUCUUUAUGCAUCGGUGAUAUUUGUGCGUGAUCUUCUACAAACAGAGCAUAACUUUCAUAUUCUUUAUGUCAAGAUAAUCCAUAUCUUGGCUGGAGUCAUAUUAUUCUCCUUGUGCUUGACCAUAGGUUCUCUAUUGUGCUGGCACAUCUAUCUCAUGUGCCAUAACAUGACAACCAUAGAGUAUCGUGAGGCAGUUAGAGCGAAGUGGCUUGCAAAGAAGAGUGGACAGAACUACCGUCACCGCUUUGAUCAAGGCACGAGGAAGAAUAUUCAAAUGAUUAUGGGUACAAAUGUUUUCUGCUGGCUUUGCCCCACAGCAACGGGACAUCUCAAGGAUGGCACAGAGUUCCAGAACACCAACAACUGAUCAGGACGAAGAACAACAUUGCUUCACAAACACAACACCAAGAUGUGCAAAUUAUUUGGUGAUCAAAUAGAUGAUUUGUACCAUUGGAUUGUUGACACCCACGCAGACGUGAAGAACUCCGAAAAUUUUCUCAAUCAUGUAGCAUCAUGUAAAUCUUACCUCCCACACCCCCUUCCAACUUCAGUGUAUGUUCAAAUUUAUAGGUGUGUGUACAGUAGCUUGAGGUUGGGCAUUGUUUGUGUAUUUAAUUGCAAAUGUAACCAGAAUAUUUGUCUGAAAAUUUGAGCUGUGAACAUGGCACGCAAUGAGAAUGUGGAAGGAAGUUUUUUCUGAUAA